AUGGAACGGCUGCCUUUACAUCCGCGGACAGCUGCGCGAAACGUCUCAAUCUUCGACGGCCUUCGAACACCCACGAUCUCAAUGCAGCACAUACGCCCAAAGAUUGACAUCGGAAGUAUCGACAAUAGGAAUAAAUCUAAAGAUUGUCAGCCUCGAGAAUUCACACCAAGUGCCGCGACACUUGCCCAAGAACAACCUCCUGCGACAGAUCAUAUGCCACAUCUCACCCUUCAUCACCUCUUUAGCUCCAUCGCACUGCCAGGGACCCCUCACGCGAAACUUGGCAUUGAGAUUGGCACUGAGAGCCCAUACCAGCGGAAGCCUCCAGUCGUACUUCCAGCCAAGCGAGACAACUUCCGAGAAGCCGAGAGCAGAGUCUAUGUCAAGAGCCAGCUGGUAAACGUAGCUCUCGUGAUCAACGCCGUACUGAAUUCGAGCACUUUUGGGCGACUUCAGGCGGUAGUGCGGCUCGUCUCCAGGCAAUAG